CACGCCGGGCGCGGGACUCUGAGCUUCGGCCGCGCCGCGCGCCCGCACCUGCCCUGUCCCCUCGGGGCUUCCCCGCCGACCUAGCCCGCCGGCCAUGAGGCUUUGGCCCGGAGCCCCCUAGUCUCUGAGCCGCGCAUCGCCCGCGCCGCUGGGCCACUGAUAGAACUCGGGCCGCUGAAGCUCCCCACCCUCUCCCGGGGACGGCACCCAGGAGCUCCGAGAUGGCGCGGCGCGGGACCCCCCGGCCGCGCAAAGUUCGCAGGAGGCGAGAGAUGCUGCCACAGCAAGUUGGCUUCGUGUGCGCGGUGCUGGCCCUGGUGUGCUGUGCGUCCGGCCUCUUCGGCAGCUUGGGGCACAAAACAGCUUCUGCUAGCAGACGAGUCCUGCCAGACACGUGGCGAAAUAGAAAGUUGAUGGCACCAGUGAAUGGGACUCAGACGGCCAAGAACUGCACAGAUCCCGCAAUUCAUGAGUUCCCCACAGACCUGUUCUCCAAUAAGGAGCGACAGCACGGAGCCGUCCUGCUGCACAUUCUCGGUGCUCUGUACAUGUUCUACGCCUUGGCCAUCGUGUGCGACGACUUCUUCGUUCCGUCUCUAGAGAAGAUCUGCGAGAAACUCCAUCUGAGCGAAGAUGUGGCUGGGGCCACCUUCAUGGCUGCAGGAAGCUCAACGCCGGAGCUGUUCGCCUCUGUGAUUGGCGUGUUCAUCACCCACGGGGACGUUGGGGUGGGCACCAUCGUGGGCUCCGCCGUGUUCAACAUCCUGUGCAUAAUCGGAGUGUGCGGAUUAUUCGCUGGGCAGGUGGUCCGUCUGACGUGGUGGGCCGUGUGCCGAGACUCCGUGUACUACACGCUCUCUGUCGUCGUGCUCAUCGCGGUGAUGUGGGAUUCAGAAAUGGCUUGGUGGGAAGGCCUGGUGCUCAUUGUCUUGUACGUGUUUUAUAUCCUGAUCAUGAAGUACAAUGUGAAGAUGCAGGCCUUUUUCACAGUCAAACAGAAGGGCAUCGCCAACGGCAACCCGGUCAGCAGCGAGCUGGAGCCGGGUAAUGACUUCUGUGACGGUAGCUAUGACGACCCCUCCGUGCCGUUGCUGAGGCAAGUGAAGGAGAUGCCGCAAUAUGGCAAAAGCCCCGUGGUGAUGGUGGAUGAGCUCAUGAGCUCCAGCCCUCCCAAGUUCAACUUCCCGGAAGCAGGCUUGCGCGUGAUGAUCACCAACAAGUUUGGGCCCCGGACCCGACUGCGGAUGGCCAGCAGGAUCAUAAUUAACGAGCGGCAGCGACUGAUCAACUCGGCCAAUGGAGUGAGCAGCAAGCCGCUGCAGAACGGCAGGCACGAGAACAUCGAGAACGGGAACGUGCCCGUGGAGGACCCGCCACAGGAUCAGGAGCAGCAGCUGCCGCCACAGCCGCCACCCCCGGAGCCAGAGCCGGUGGAGGCUGCCUUCCUGUCCCCCUUCUCCGUGCCCGAGGCAAGAGGGGACAAAGCCAAGUGGGUGUUCACCUGGCCACUCAUCUUUCUCCUGUGCAUCACCAUCCCCAACUGCAGCAAGCCCCGCUGGGAGAAAUUCUUCAUGGUCACCUUCAUCACCGCCACGCUGUGGAUCGCCGUGUUCUCCUACUUCAUGGUGUGGCUGGUGACUAUUAUCGGAUACACACUGGGGAUCCCCGAUGUCAUCAUGGGCAUUACUUUCCUGGCGGCAGGGACGAGUGUUCCGGACUGCAUGGCCAGCUUAAUCGUGGCGAGACAAGGCCUUGGGGACAUGGCGGUCUCCAACACCAUCGGAAGCAACGUGUUUGACAUCCUGGUAGGACUCGGAAUACCAUGGGGCCUGCAGACCAUGGUUAUUAAUUACGGGUCCACGGUGAAGAUCAACAGCCGGGGGCUGGUCUACUCCGUGGUGCUGUUGCUGGGCUCCGUCGCGCUCACCGUCCUUGGCAUCCACCUGAACAAGUGGCAGCUGGACCGGAAGCUGGGUGUCUACGUGCUGGUUCUCUACGCCAUCUUCUUGUGCUUCUCCAUAAUGAUAGAGUUUAACGUCUUCACCUUCGUCAACUUGCCGAUGUGCCGAGAAGACGAUUAA